CUUAUCACAUGUGAGAGAGAAUUUCCCUUCCCAGUUAAAGGCAACCAUUGCAAGAAUACACAUAAAGCCUGGAAGAGAUUUCCAGGGGUGCACACUUAUACAUCAUUAAUUGAGGAUUGAGAGGAUCCCAGGGUAUCCAACUGGUCACUUGCCUGGAGAGGAUCCUGCAUGCUGAUACUGCUGAAGGAACCUUGCUACAACAUCUGGCUAAGAACCUCCAGAAGGAAGCAGACUAUUCUACCACUUGUUUCCACCAUGUUGGCCACCCGCCUCUCCAGGACACUGUUACAGCUCCCAGGAAAGACUCUAAGCAUCUCUAAUGGAGAAAAUGCAACAAAACGCACACUGUUGUUUUGCUCUACCUCCUUCAUCUCGAUCAAGCACCGGACUUAUACCAGUGAGGUGGACCCGGUUGGCAGCAAAGCUGUCCUGGUCACUGGCUGUGACUCUGGAUUUGGGUUCUCCUUGGCCAAGCAUCUGCAUUCUAAAGGCUUCCUUGUGUUUGCUGGCUGCUUGUUGAAGGACAAAGGGGAUGCUGGGGUGAAGGAGCUGGACAGCUUGAACAGUGACCGGCUGAGAACCAUCCAGCUCAAUGUCUGCAACAACGAGGAGGUGGAGAGAGCAGUCGAGAUGGUCCACUUAAGCCUGAAGGACCCUGAGAAAGGGAUGUGGGGCCUGGUUAACAAUGCGGGCAUCUCGACAUUUGGGGAGGUGGAGUUCACCAGCAUGGAGACCUACAAGGAGGUGGCGGAAGUGAACCUCUGGGGCACAGUGCGGACAACGAAAUCCUUCCUUCCCCUCCUUCGAAGAGCCAAAGGCCGUGUUGUCAACAUCAGCAGCAUGCUGGGCCGCAUGGCCAACCCUGCCCGCUCCCCGUACUGCAUCACCAAGUUUGGGGUGGAGGCUUUCUCUGACUGCCUGCGAUACGAGAUGUACCCGCUAGGUGUGAAGGUCAGUGUGGUGGAGCCCGGCAACUUCAUCGCUGCCACCAGCCUCUACAGCCCGGAGCGCAUCCAGGCCAUUGCCAAGAAGAUGUGGGACGAGCUGCCUGAGGUCGUCCGCAAGGACUACGGCAGGAAGUACUUCGAUGAGAAGAUCGCCAAGAUGGAGACCUACUGCAACAGUGGCUCCACGGACACGUCCUCUGUCAUUGAUGCCGUCACACAUGCCCUGACCGCUACCUCCCCCUACACCCGCUACCACCCCAUGGACUACUACUGGUGGCUGCGCAUGCAGAUCAUGACCCACUUGCCAGGAGCUGUCUCUGACAUGAUCUACAUACACUGAAGAGUGACCUGUUGGGGAGCCCCAGAGGGAGGGAAGAGAAGGGGGGAGGGAGCUCAUAUAGUCACCUUUUGAUUAACCACUUGUGGAUUAUUAAUGUCCCAGGAGGACCCAUUUUAGCAUUAACCAGAGGGAAUAACUCAGCCUGACAUGUUCCUGUGAUGAGUGGCUCAGGCCUUCACAUAUGGGGUACGGGGUGGGGGCCCUAACUAAGCCUCAGGGCAAACAUGGCACAUCUAUCUAAAGUUGAUUUCACACAAAGAUUUUGGGGAAAUAUCUUUAUAUUAGAAACAGAUUUAUUAUAGAAUAGAAUCCAGGUUCCUUUACAUCUUAAGCCAAAACAUCAAUUCAAAAAAAUUUGAUCCUUAAGCCAACCUCAUGAGUAAAAAGGACAGAUUUUUUUCUUCUUCUGCAUUAGAUAAUUUGUAACUCUGAGAGAACAUAUGAAGUAACCUUUAUUGCUUAGGAGUGGUCCAUGUCAUGUGUUCCUGCCUUGGAUGUGCAAACACUUCACAUUUGCAUUCCAGAACCACUUUGGAUCCCUUUAUCCAGGAAUCCUCUGGCCAACUCUGUCCUCGCCUGAGCCUUGCAUACCAAGUGCCCACUGUGUACCUCUUUGCAAAUCCAUGGUGCUAUUUGACUGGCAGGCAGCCAGUGAUUGACAGCUGUCUGUAUGGCAGGGGUGCAGAUCAAUCUGGAGAUUUUCAUUUGAGAUUUCUCCACUCUCUUUGAGGACUUGGUCUAGACUUGUGUGGAAGUGUUCUUUGACUGAGGGAAGUUUGUUGGUUUUCUUGGUUUUGCCUGGAGUGGGACUGGUAUUGAUUGGGGCUACAGAUGGAGCAAGCGCUGAGGUUGGCGCUGUGGCACCUUCUUCCCAGAGGUGGGUCCAGGUGCCCUGUCUGUCUCAUGUGGUGCUCACACACACGCACACGUGCACACCUACUUUAUAGACCUUCAGGGUGGUCUUCAUUGAUGGCUUGCUUUUCUGGCUGUGGUCACUUUUGUAAUUAAGCCAGGACACUGAUAGGCAGAAUCUUUGUUACCACUUCUCAGGUUUGUGUUGGAAACCUACCAUCCCUGCAAUUGCACAGGACCUGGAUGUUUGGAGCCAAACAGGAACUACUGUCCUCCAGGCAGCUGCAAGCCUAGGGCAGGUCCUUAGUGCCAACUUUGAAAAUCAAAUCAAACUGCCAUUUCUGCCUUUCCCUGGCGAGGCCUGCCACUAGAGGGAGCCCAACUACUCUGCAGCUGCAGCCCCAACUCGGCUUCCACGCAGUCUGCGGUCUCUCAAGGGGAUGUGAUUCCCACCCGGGAGAUUGCUUGAAAAAAAAAAAAAAGCAAGUCUCCUUUAGAAACAGUGUUCCCGCUCUCCUAGCAGCUGCCUGGCUUGAGCCUGGAGACUGGUGCCAGGAGAAAGCAGAGGUUCCCCGGCAGCUGGAAUAGGCCAUGGGCACAGACAGUGCCAAGGCAGGGGGGCUCACAAAGAGCAGAUUCAGCUGGCCUUGUGGGCCUUUGUCUUCUCUGUCUUCAAUAGGGAUGCUCUGUCUUAGCUCCCUGUCUGCAGGGUGAGACAGAGAGGGCCUAGAGGGCAGGAGGGAGGCAGGCAGGGCCUCUGGAACCCAGAGAGGACCCUUGAUGACCAUUGCAUUUACAUAAUAAUGAGAUGCUUUUGUACCACAGAGCUCGCCUCCAGCAAGAGCCUUUCAAAAUCACACUUUACAUCUUGGGAUGAUUUGUUUUCAUGCUUAAUAAAGGAAAAUGGAUUAAUGCUUGGA